GAGCUGACAGAAGAAGCAGAAGAAGGCGCCUUCUCCAAUUUUCCUCUCUCCAAAAACACCAUCAACCUUCUCAAAGCUCGAUGUGUAAAAUACCUGUUCCCUGUGCAAGUGAAGACUUUUCAGCCCAUAUAUGACGGCAAAGAUGUAAUUGCUCAAGCUCGAACAGGAACCGGGAAAACCUUUUCUUUUGUUCUUCCGCUGAUUGAAAAACUUCAGAGUGUAUCGCAAGAGGGCAGAAGAGGCCGUUCACCAAAAGUGCUGGUUCUUGUUCCAACCAGAGAGCUGGCCACUCAGGUAGCCAAAGACUUCAAGAAUCUCACCAGGAAACUGUCAGUGGCUUGUUUUUAUGGAGGAACUCCGUAUAGAGAACAACUCGAUCUCCUUAAAAGUGGCAUUGAUAUUCUAGUGGGAACUCCUGGACGGAUCAAAGACCACAUUCAGAAUAGCAAGCUGGAACUUUCCAGUGUGAAGCAUGUUGUUUUGGAUGAAGUUGAUCACAUGUUAGACAUGGGCUUUGCAGAACAAGUGGAAGAAAUCUUAGGAUUUGCUUAUAAAAAAGGUUCUGAGAACAACCCCCAGACACUGCUGUUCUCGGCAACCUGUCCACGAUGGGUAUAUGAUGUAGCAAAAAAAUACAUGAAAGAUGAUUAUGAGCAGAUUGACCUGAUUGGAAAGAAAACUCAAAGGACUGCCACAACUGUGGAACAUUUGGCUAUACAGUGUCGCUCAUCUCAGAGAGCAGGAGUUCUUGGGGAUAUCAUUCAAGUCUACAGUGGCAGCCAUGGGCGGACCAUUGUCUUUUGUGAGACCAAAAAAGAAGCAAACGAACUGGCUAUGAAUGCUUCGCUCAAACAGGAUGCCCAGUCAUUGCAUGGUGACAUUCCACAGAAACAGAGAGAAAUUACACUAAAAGGCUUUAGAAAUGGUGUGUUUGAAGUUCUCAUUGCAACAAAUGUAGCUGCUCGUGGUUUGGAUAUUCCUGAGGUUGACCUUGUUAUACAGUGUUCACCACCAAAAGAUGUUGAUUCCUACAUUCAUCGUUCUGGACGUACUGGUCGAGCGGGCCGGACUGGGAUCUGCAUUUGUUUAUUUCAGCGAAGAGAAGAAGAUGUUCUGAAACAAGUUGAGCACAAGGCGGGGAUUACAUUUAAGCGUGUAGGUGUUCCCUCUGCUACAGAUGUAAUUAAAGCUUCAAGUAAUGAUGCCAAAAAGAUGUUGGAGGCCAUUCCUCCUUCUGCAGUAGACUACUUCAGAAAAUCUGCUCAAGAGCUCAUAGAUGAAAAAGGGGCAGUUGCUGCCCUGGCUGCAGCUCUAGCCCAUAUUUCUGGGGCAUCUUACAUACAGCAGCGCUCCUUACUCAACUCAACGGCGGGCUUUGUGACCAUGGUGUUGAAGUGUUCAAUAGAAAUGCGCAGCAUGAGCUAUGCCUGGCGAGGACUAAAAGAACAGCUUGGUGAGGAAGUAGAUGGCAAAGUAUCUGCAAUGCGUUUCCUCAAGGGGAAGAUGGGAGUGUGCUUUGAUAUCCCUGUUGGUGAACUGAGUAACAUACAGGAGCAGUGGAGGGACACCAGGCGCUGGCAGCUGUCUGUGGCAAAGGAAUUGCCGGAGCUGGAAGAGUACCCCCAGGAGGCAGGACGAGGGUUCUCCAAGUUUGGAAAUGCGAGGCAAGGUGAUGGCGGCUUCAGGAGAAGCAACUGGUUUAAGAAUGGAAACAGGACAGGAUUUUAA